CAUACUUCCAAAAUCUCUCCCUUUUGGCAAGGGAAAAAAAAAAAGAGAGAUUUUGAUUUCCAAGAAUAAAGUAGAGGAAGUGGGGAAAAGUAAAGAGAAUAAUUUUUCAAACUCCACCAACCCAUUUCCUCUGCUCCCUGCUCAGUUUCCAAAGGAGAGAAACCAAACCCCUUCCCCCUUGUCAUUCAGCAAACACCAAAUAAGUAAGUUCUUCAUCCCUUGUUUGGUUGGCAAGAAAAGUUCACAAAACUCCCCCUUCAACUAAAAACCAAGAAUUUGGUGUUGAACCCAGUUGAGAAGGGUAAGUCAAAAAUGGACGGAACAGAGAAAGUGAAAGGUUCACAAUCACAUCAGAGGCACCAUAGCCAUAGCAGAAGCAUAAGCAGGAGUUUUAGCAGAGCAAGUUGGAGCAUGGAAGAAGUGUUUGUGAGUGCCUCGCACUCUCGGAGAAAUAGCCACGUGGAUGAAGAUGAAGAGGCUCUGAAAUGGGCAGCCAUUGAGAAACUGCCCACAUAUGAUCGGCUAAGAACAAGCAUCAUCAAGUCCUGUGUGGAAACAGAACCUCAAGGACACCACCACAACAACAACAAAGUGGUGCAUAAGGAGGUUGAUGUUCUAAAGCUCGACAUAAACGACCGUCAAAAUUUCAUUGACAGGAUUUUUAAGGUUGCAGAGGAAGACAAUGAGAAGUUCUUGAAAAAGUUCAGAAGUAGAAUUGAUAAGGUUGGGAUCAGACUUCCAACAGUGGAAGUUAGGUUUGAGCAUUUGACCGUUGAAGCUGAUUGCCAUGUCGGCACCAGAGCUCUUCCCACCCUCCCAAAUGUUGCUCGGAACAUUGCAGAAUCAGCUCUUGGCUUAAUUGGGAUUAGAUUGGCUAAGAGAACAAAGUUAACAAUUCUCAAAGAAGCCUCUGGCAUUAUUAAACCAUCAAGGAUGGCCCUUUUACUAGGUCCCCCAUCCUCAGGGAAAACAACCCUUUUGCUGGCACUAGCUGGAAAAUUGGACCCAGGCUUGCAGGUUAAAGGAGAAAUCACUUACAAUGGGUACAGGCUAAAUGAAUUUGUGCCGCAGAAGACAUCUGCAUACAUUAGCCAAAAUGAUGUUCAUACAGGAGUUAUGACAGUCAAAGAAACCCUAGAUUUUUCAGCAAGGUGCCAAGGGGUUGGUAGUCGAUAUGAACUUCUUUCUGAGCUUGCUAGAAGAGAAAAGGCCGAUGGAAUAUUUCCAGAGCUAGAAGUAGACCUUUUCAUGAAGGCUACUUCAAUGGGAGGAAUUGAGAGCAGUCUCAUUACUGAUUAUACUCUAAAAAUUUUGGGGCUUGAUAUUUGCAAGGAUACAAUUGUUGGAGAUGAGAUGCAGAGAGGGAUUUCUGGUGGGCAGAGAAAACGAGUUACCACAGGUGAGAUGAUUGUGGGGCCUACUAAAACGUUGUUCAUGGAUGAGAUCUCAACGGGUCUAGAUAGCUCCACGACAUUUCAAAUAGUGAAGUGCCUACAACAAAUUGUACACAUCACUGAGGCCACAAUCUUGAUGUCCCUACUCCAACCUGCUCCUGAGACGUUCGAUCUCUUUGAUGACAUCAUCCUUCUAUCGGAAGGCCAGAUUGUCUACCAGGGCCCACGUGAUAACAUUUUAGAGUUCUUUGAGAGCUGUGGAUUUCGAUGCCCCGAGCGAAAGGGAACCGCUGAUUUCUUGCAAGAGGUUACAUCAAGAAAAGACCAAGAACAAUAUUGGAAUGACAGAAGGAAGCAAUACAGAUACGUAUCAGUUACAGAAUUUGCAAACAGGUUCAAACGCUUCCAUGUGGGCAUGAGGCUCGAAAAUGAGCUCUCAAUCCCUUUCGACAACCUCGCGGCCAAAGCAGCUCUUGUGUUCACAAGAUAUUCAAUACCCAAAAUGGAGCUUCUCAAGGCCUGCUUUGACAAAGAACGGCUGCUCAUUAAGAGGAACUCCUUCAUCUACAUCUUCAAGACGGUCCAAAUUAUAAUAGGUGCAUUUAUAGCCUCCACCGUUUUCUUGAGGACCGAAAUGAACACUAGGAAUGAAGAUGAUGCAGCCGUUUAUGUUGGUGCACUUAUAUUUUCCAUGAUCGUUAACAUGUUCAAUGGUUUUGCUGAGCUCUCUUUGACCAUUGCAAGGCUCCCUGUGUUUUACAAGCACAGAGACCUACUCUUCCACCCUGCUUGGACUUUCACUGUCCCAUCUGUCCUGCUUGGGAUUCCUAUAUCCAUCUUGGAAUCUUGUAUUUGGAUAGCCAUUACAUAUUACACCAUUGGAUUUGCACCAGAAGCUAGCAGAUUUUUCAAGCAUCUAUUGUUGGUAUUUUUGCUCCAACAAAUGGCUUCUGGGAUGUUUAGGCUUAUUGCAGGAGUCUGCAGGACCAUGAUCAUAUCGAACACUGGGGGGUCUCUCACCGUGCUCAUUGUUUUCAUGCUUGGAGGUUUCAUAAUUCCUAGAGGUGAAAUUCCCAAGUGGUGGAUUUGGGGAUACUGGGUUUCACCUAUGACAUAUGGCUUCAAUGCUAUGACUGUAAACGAAAUGUAUUCUCCGAGGUGGAUGAACAAACUGGCUUCAGAUAAUGUUACCAGCUUGGGUGUGGCAGUGCUAAAUAACUUUAAUGUUUACCCUGACCAAUACUGGUAUUGGAUUGGAGCUGCCGCUAUUCUUGGGUUUGCAAUUCUCUUCAACGUCCUUUAUACGCUCGCGCUUAUGUACCUGAACGCUCCCGGAAAGCCACAAGCCAUAAUAUCCGAAGAAGUGGCAAACGAAAUGGAGGCAGACCAAGAAGAAUCAAAGGAAGAACCAAGGCUUAGAAGGCCCCCGUCAAAGAAAGACUCAUUUUCUAGAUCUUUAUCUUCUACUGAUGGAAACAACUCAAGAGAAAUGACAAUCCGGAGAAUGAGCAGUCGAUCCAAUGCCAAUGGACUAAGUAGAAAUGCUGAUUCAUCUCUUGAAAUCGCCAGUGGUGUUGCCCCGAAGAGAGGAAUGGUUCUACCCUUCACUCCUCUUGCAAUGUCCUUUGACAGUGUUAAUUAUUAUGUGGACAUGCCCCAGGAAAUGAAGGAAGAAGGAGUGGCAGAGGACAGGCUGCAACUACUUCGUGAAGUAACUGGUGCAUUUAGGCCUGGGGUCUUGACUGCUCUAAUGGGGGUCAGCGGGGCUGGGAAGACAACUUUGAUGGAUGUCUUAGCAGGAAGAAAGACCGGUGGGUAUAUUGAAGGGGACAUUCGAAUUUCUGGGUACCCUAAGAAGCAAGAAACGUUUGCAAGAAUUUCUGGUUAUUGUGAACAAACAGAUAUCCACUCACCCCAAGUCACUAUCAAAGAGUCACUGAUUUACUCAGCUUUCCUUAGGCUCCCUAAAGAAGUCAACAAUGAGGAAAAGAUGAUUUUUGUAGAUCAAGUGAUAGAAUUAGUCGAGCUAGACGGUCUCAAAGAUGCUUUAGUGGGGCUUCCAGGAAUUUCAGGGUUGUCAACUGAACAAAGAAAGAGGUUAACAAUUGCAGUUGAGCUUGUUGCUAAUCCCUCAAUCAUUUUCAUGGAUGAGCCAACAUCAGGUCUUGAUGCAAGGGCAGCUGCAAUUGUUAUGAGGACUGUUAGAAACACUGUGGACACAGGGAGAACAGUUGUCUGCACAAUUCAUCAGCCUAGCAUUGAUAUCUUCGAGGCCUUUGAUGAGCUGCUACUGUUGAAGAGAGGAGGACAAGUUAUCUACUCGGGACCCUUGGGCCGCAAUUCUCACAAGAUUGUCGAAUAUUUUGAGGCAAUUCCUGGUGUGACAAAAAUCAAAGAGAAGUAUAAUCCAGCCACAUGGAUGCUAGAGGCGAGCUCGGUAUCAACUGAGCUUCGGCUUAGAAUGGACUUUGCUCAACACUACAAAUCAUCUUCCUUGCACCAGAGAAACAAAGCUUUAGUAAAGGAGUUGAGCACACCACCAGCAGGAGCAAAAGACCUCUAUUUUACGACUCAGUAUUCUCAGUCAUUAUGGAAGCAGUUCACGUCUUGCCUCUGGAAGCAGUGGUGGACUUAUUGGCGAAGUCCUGAUUAUAACCUUGUUAGAUUCUUUUUCACCUUGGUAGCUGCACUUCUGCUUGGAACUAUUUUCUGGAAGGUUGGCACUAAAAGAGAAAGCACAGCUGAUCUUUCCAUGAUUAUUGGGGCUAUGUAUGCUGCUGUGCUUUUCGUUGGAAUCGAUAACUGCGGAACAGUUCAGCCAAUUGUUGCUAUUGAACGAACAGUUUUCUAUCGAGAAAGAGCUGCUGGGAUGUACUCUGCAUUACCUUAUGCACUGGCACAGGUCAUUGUUGAAAUACCAUAUGUGUUUAUUCAAACUACAUAUUAUACAGCGAUAGUGUAUGCUAUGGUGAGCUUCCAAUGGACAGCAGCAAAGUUCUUCUGGUUCUUCUUCAUAAACUUCUUCUCAUUCCUUUACUUCACAUACUACGGAAUGAUGACCGUUUCCAUCACACCAAACCACCAAGUAGCAGCCAUAUUCGCAGCUGCAUUUUAUUCGGUCUUCAAUCUCUUCUCAGGUUUCUUCAUCCCAAGACCCAGAAUACCCAAGUGGUGGGUUUGGUAUUACUGGAUCUGUCCAGUGGCAUGGACAGUGUAUGGAUUGAUAGUGUCGCAGUAUGGUGAUAUUGAGGACACCAUUAGAGCACCUGGGAUCACCCCUGACCCUACUGUGAAAGGGUACAUAGAAGACCAUUUUGGAUAUGAUCCAAACUUCAUGGGACCAGUGGCUGGGGUUCUGGUUGGCUUCACACUCUUCUUUGCCUUCAUGUUUGCCUACUGCAUAAGGACACUGAACUUCCAAGUUAGAUAGAAACAUUCUUGUUAUAUUGUACGUGUUAUAUAUGUUACAGAAACUGAGACAUGUAAAUAUAUGUAAGAAUGUACCCCAAGAACAGGGGGCAAUUCUUUAAGCAUGAUGAAUUGUUCUCUUGAGAAAGUAAGUGAGUUAUAUAUAUAUAUAUAUAUAUAUAUAUAUAUAUAUAUAUAUAUACACCUUUUGUUUAAAGUUGCUGAUUUUUUGUUACCGAUGAUGAAGAUGAGUUUAGUUGACAGCUCCUUUAGAUUGUAUUUGAAAUGUUAAGUGUCUAUCUUGUAAUUUGUUUGUAUUACUACCAAUACCAAAGACAGACGAUAUUGUUUAAUCACAUUA